AUGGCUGUUAAAGGCGUGAUUACGGGUGUAUUGGGAAAUGGUAUCUUUGGAGCGCUCACCUUUGCUGGGGAACAUAAAGAGCUGGAGCAUCCGAACACCCGAGCAAAGAUCAAGCGCCCAAGAAAGAGGAGGAGCAUGAAUCAAUGUUGGAAGAUUGAGUAUGGUGGAAAAGUCUGGCUAGCACCAUUAUAUGGACCCCAUUGUGCGUUCAUUAGAGCAUGGACAGGGGAAUUGGAAUACCGACUAAUGUCGUUGGACUUUUGA